AUGGCGUCCCAGGCGCUCCUCGACGUUGGUCACUCCAGAGUCUCCCUCUCACGCGCCAUCCCGCAACUAGGUUGCGCAACCACGGAAGGACCAGCCUGCUUGCUUAUCCAGUUCUUAUCUGCGGCCGUACCCAAACCUUGGGUGGUGGUGGGGCCCCUCGUCCGUCUUGCGUCUACGGCCUGGUCUCUCUCGACAACAUCCCAGGCCUACAUCCUUCCCCCAUCCCCAGGCUGCCAUCAAGGUGUGCUGCUUUCUCACGACCGCGCAACUGCUCAGACAGCAAACUCCCCGGCCGGCUUCUUGUCUUUGGGCCUGAAAUCCUCACCUUGUGCUUCGGACGGAAUACAAGCUGCCUCUUUGUAG